UACGAGCAGUUACGACGAGCGUCGAAUUGCUUCAGCUCGGUCGAUUUCGCAUUGCGUCCAAAGAAAAUCAGAAAAAUGUCGAAGAGGAAUCCUGGGGACGAAUAUAGAAAAGGGUCAAGUGUCUACAGAGCAGAGGACUCCAGGGGGGAUGACAGAGGAAGGGACCGCUCUCCACUUAGAUCAGACGACCGUAAUGCCACCAACUACAGUCAGAGCGAUGCAAAGAAACAAAAGCUGACAUUUGGGUUCGGGAAAAAAAGUGCGAUGGACCAAAAGAAGGGUAUUCAGAUAAAACUAGGCUCAACAUCGAAACCCACAGUAAAAGCAGCACCUGUACAGAGGCCAACAGUAGCAUCAGUGUUUAAUGCAGAUGAAGAUGAUGAACCUGAAGAAAUGCCAGCAGAGGCCAGAAUGAGGAUGCGAAAUAUUGGAAGAGAGACACCAACGUCAGCAGGACCAAAUUCGUUUGGUAAAACAAAGCAAGGGUUUUGUGACUCUAAGAAAAUAUUUGAGAAAACGCUGAAGAAAGCAAUGGAGGAAGCAAAUAAAUGAUUUCUUCUCUAAUAUAUCUUGC